CCGCCGCCUCACUGCGCUCGGCUCUGGUGUGCGGCGGCAGCGACAGCAGCGGCAGCAGCGGAAGAUGCCCGAGCCGGCCAAGUCCGCGCCUGCGCCCAAGAAGGGCUCCAAGAAGGCGGUGACGAAGACGCAGAAGAAGGGCGACAAGAAGCGGCGGCGCAGCCGCAAGGAGAGCUACUCCAUCUACGUGUACAAGGUGCUGAAGCAGGUGCACCCGGACACGGGCAUUUCGUCCAAGGCCAUGGGCAUCAUGAAUUCCUUCGUCAACGACAUCUUUGAGCGCAUCGCUGGUGAGGCCUCGCGCCUGGCGCACUACAACAAGCGCUCCACCAUCACCUCGCGGGAGAUCCAGACUGCUGUACGCCUGCUGCUGCCGGGCGAGCUGGCCAAGCACGCCGUCUCCGAGGGCACCAAGGCCGUCACCAAGUACACCAGCUCCAAGUGAUGGGGCUAGCAGGGCCCUGCUGGAUCUGCUCCACCUCAACCCAACGGCUCUUUUCAGAGCCACCCACUUCUUCCUAACAGAGCUGUAAACUCUUAGAAGCACUUCUUGCACUUUAUCUUACAAAAACAGCCUUACUGAUUAGGAAUUUUCCUAGAAAUAAUUGCAACUUCUUUCUAAGCUAUAGAUGUUUUGAUGGGUCUUACAUAAUUCCAAACCCAGGAAAGUAGCUUAAGUAGUACCAAUGGAGCAGUAAUUUCUCUUCAGUGUCACGUUUUCCACGUCUUAUGUGUUGUGCU